GGGGGGAAGAAGCCAAGAUGGCGGCCGUGGCGGGGUGAGGCGGCGGCGGCGGCGAUGUCCGGGGCGGAGGACCGAGAGCCCGGCGGGGGCCCGGCCGCCCCCUCCGCCCCCUCCGCGGCCCUGCCCGGCCCCGCGGCCGCGGCGGCAGCGCCGGGAGACGCGGGGGGGGGCAUCGAGGAGGCGGGUUCGCUGCUCGGCGGGGCCCGGCCUCACGCCGAGGCGGGCGCUGACCCCGACGCGCCGCCCAAGAAGCGGCUGAGGGCGGCCGGGAGCGGCCCCGGCGGCGCCGAGGGGGCGGCGGGGAGCGUGAAGCUGGAGGAGCGGCUCUACUCCGUGCUCUGCUGCACCGUCUGCCUCGACCUGCCCAAGGCCUCGGUCUAUCAGUGCACCAACGGGCACCUGAUGUGCGCCGGCUGCUUCAUCCACCUGCUGGCGGACGCGCGGCUGAAGGAGGAGCAGGCGACGUGCCCCAACUGCCGCUGCGAGAUCAGCAAGAGCCUGUGCUGCCGCAACCUGGCCGUGGAGAAGGCGGUGAGCGAGCUGCCCUCCGAGUGCGGCUUCUGCACCCGCCAGUUCCCCCGCUCCCUGCUCGAGCGCCACCAGAAGGAGGAGUGCCAGGACAGGGUGACCCAGUGCAAGUACAAGCGCAUCGGCUGCCCCUGGCAGGGCCCGUACCACGAGCUGACGGUGCACGAGGCCGAGUGCACCCACCCCACCAAGACGGGCAACGAGCUCAUGGACAUCCUGGACGAGAUGGACCAGACGAGGAAGAAGGAGAUGCAGCUCUACAACAGCAUCUUCAACCUGCUCAGCUUCGAGAAGAUCGGCUACACAGAGGUCCAGUUCCGCCCGUACCGCACGGACGACUUCAUCACGCGGCUGUACUACGAGACGCCGCGGCUGACGGUGCUCAACCAGACCUGGGUGCUCAAGGCGCGCGUCAACGACUCGGAGCGGAACCCCAACCUCUCGUGUAAGCGCACCCUCUCCUUCCAGCUCAUCCUCAAGAGCAAGAUCAACUCCCCCAUGGAAUGCUCCUUCCUCCUCCUGGAGGGACCUUACGACGACGUCAAGAUCCGCCCCGUCAUCUACCACUUCGUCUUCAGCAACGAGAACAACGAGACGGAUUACAUGGCGCUGCCCAUCGUCGACUCGGUGGAGUGUAACAAACUGCUGGCGGCCAAAAACAUCAACCUGAGGCUUUUUAUAUUUCAAAUCCAAAAGUGACACUGGGGAAAAAAAAAAAACCUGGAAAAAAAAAAAAAACACCAAACCCCCCCCCCCCCCCCCAAACCCUUCAAAGAACUUGGAAAACUCCCAAGAGACUCAAAAAAAAAACCCUUCAGAGAUGCCACAAAUACCCCGAGAAGCUCAAAAGUUGCCCCUGAGAAGCUCAAAAGUUGCCACCGAGAAACGUAAAAUAAAGCCCUGAAAGACUCUAAAAAAGGGCCCAAAAAGAGCUAAAAAAAGGCCCCAAAAAGAGCUAAAAAAAGGCCCCAAAAAGAGCUAAAAGAAGGCCCCAAAAAGAGCUAAAAAAAGGCCCCAAAAAGAGCUAAAAGAAGGCCCCAGAAAGAGCUAAAAAAAGGCCCCAGAAAGAGCUAAAAGGAGGCCCCAGAAAGAGCUAGAAAAGGCUCCCCAAAACCUAAUAAAAAGGCACAAGAGCCCUAAAAAAAGGUCAAGAACCCCCCAAAAAGGCCCCGAGAGACUCAAAACCAGCCCCCAAAAAGAGCUAGAAAAGGCCCCCCAAAACCUAAUAAAAAGGCACAAGAACCCUAAAAAAGGGUUAAGAGCCCCCCAAAAAGGCCCCGAGAGACUCAAAACCAGCCCCCAAAAUAUCAGAAUUAGGCCCAAGAACCCUAAAAAAAGUUCAAGAGCCCCCCAAAAAGGCCCCGAGAGACUCAAAACCAGCCCCAAAAUGUCAGAAUUAGGCCCAAGAAACUCAAAAAAGGCCCCAAUAAACCUAAGAAAAGGCCCCAAGAAGCUCAAAAGUUGACCCCAAGAAACCUAAAAUAAGGCCCUGAGAGACUCUAGUACCCAAAAAACCCCCCAAAAGGCCCCCAAAAACCUAAUAAAAAGGACCAAGAACCCUAAAAACGUCCAAGAACCCCCAAAAAGGCCCCAAGAGACUCAAAUCCAGCCCCCAAAAAGUCAAAAUCAGACCCAAGAAACUCAAAAAAAGGGCCCAGAAAGCUCAAAAGAGACCCAGGAGACACAAAAAUGGCCCCAAAAGACCUAAAAAGGCCCCGAGAAACCCUAAAAGGUCCCAAGAAACUCAAAGAAACGCCCCAAGAAGCUCAAUAACAGCCAAAUCUGACUCGAAAACGACCCCAAAAGACUCAAAAGAGGCCCCAAGAAACCUAAAAAAGACCCUGAGAAACCCCCCAAAAAGGUUGUGAGAAAUUCAAAAUAAGGCCAAGAACCCCCCAAAAUCCCUGAGAAACCUCAAGAAGGCCCCAAAACACUCAAAAAAGGUCCAAGAAACCCUAAAAACCAGCCUCAAGAGACUCCAAAAAAGGCCUUAAAAGACUCAAAAACCCCAAAACACCCCAAAAAGGCUCCAAGAAACUCACAGAAAGGGGCCAAGAAACCUAAAAAUGGCCCCAAAAAACUCAAAACUUGGCCCAAAGAAACUCCCAAAACAGCCCCAAGAGGCUUAAAAGAGGCCCAAAAACCCCCGAAAAUUUCGAGAAACCCCCCAAAAGUCCAAGAAAUCCCCAAAAAGGCCUCAAGAAACCUAAAAAUUGGCCCAAGAAGACUCAAAAAAUGGCCCCAAGAAACCCCAAAAAUGGCUCCUGAACCCCCGAAAAUGGCUCUGAAAACCCCAAAAAUGGCUCCGAAACCCCCAAAAAAUGGCUUCAGGAAGCUCAAAAAAAUCCCCAAGACGCAAAAAAAUUCCAACCAAAACGUCAAAACACACCCAAAAAAUCAAAAGUGCCCCAAAAGCCCUCAAAAAAAGCUCUAAAACAACCCAGAAACCCCCAAAAAACCUAAAAAACACCACAAGAAACCCCCCAAAAUUUGAAAAUUUCCAAAACUUCCAAAAAAUUUAGAAAAAGCAGACAAAAAAAUUACAGAAAAUGGCAGAAAACGUCCCCCCCCCCCCCGCGAGGCCCCUCCCCCACUGCUGGCAUUUCGCCGCCGUCGCUGGAAACGUGGAAAAUUGAGACUAAAUCCCGAGGGAUCGGGAGGAACCGGCGCCGGGGGGGGGGGCUCCUCCGGGUGUUUUACUUGUGUAGAAUAAACCAAAAUGGGAAUUUUCCAA